AUGUCCACUGUACUUGAGCAUUUUCAGAAGGAGCCACUUAUUCAAGUGAGCAUUCCCUCUAUUGAAAGGCCCUUCGGUUUACACUUGUGGCCUCUUUUCAACGCGGUUUUUGAGAGAGCAGUGGGCUACCCUGCUGAGGAGUUCAGAUUUAUCCACAAUCAAACUUUCUUAGCCAACGGUUGGCAUGCUAUUGGCAUAAUCGCAGUCUACUAUACUGUGAUUUUUGGUGGCCGUGCCAUCUGGAACGCUGUGGGUGCUCCAGCAUUAAAGUUGAACUUGUUGUUCCAGGCUCAUAACUUGGGAUUGACAAUUGCAUCAUUGAUCUUGUUGUUGUUGAUGAUUGAGCAGCUUGUUCCAAUCUUGUAUAACCACGGUCUUUUCUAUGCUGUGUGUGACUCUGGAGCAUUUGCGCCAAAGUUGAUCACGUUGUACUACUUGAACUACCUCACGAAGUACUGGGAGUUGAUCGAUACCGUCUUCUUGGUGUUGAAGAAGAAGAAGUUGCUUUUUUUGCAUGUUUACCAUCACGGAGCCACCGCUUUGUUGUGCUACACUCAGUUGAGAGGAUCCACCGCUGUUGAGUGGGUGCCCAUCGCUUUGAACUUGGCUGUCCAUGUCGUAAUGUACUGGUACUACUUCUUGAGUGCUCGCGGUAUCAGAGUUUGGUGGAAGGAGUGGGUGACUCGUUUCCAAAUCAUCCAAUUUGUUUUGGAUUUGAUUUUCGUCUACUUCGCAACCUACACUCACUAUGCCUUCAAAUAUUUCCCUUGGUUGCCUCACAUGGGUGAUUGCUAUGGAUCUGAGAUGGCAGCUGCUUACGGUUACUUCAUUUUGACAUCUUACUUACUUUUGUUCAUCUCCUUCUAUAUCAAGGUUUACAGAAGCAGUGCUCAAAAGAAGGCCAAGAAGGAACAGGCUGUUGCCGCCGCUGGUGUGGACACCUCCGCUGGUGCUACUUCUGGUGCCUCUGUGGGCAAGAGCAAGUCAAAGGCUCGUUCGAGAAAGGCAUAA